AUGCCUAUUGUCAGCGCUCAAUCAGCGUCUUGGUCCGCAGCCUACAGUAAAGCCUCGGCUUCUCUGAGCAAACUAUCCCAAAAUGACAAGAUUGGUAUGGUGACAGGCAUUGGAUGGGGAAAAGGUCCAUGUGUUGGCAACACAGCUGCGCCUUCGGGAAUCUCAUUUCCAUCACUUUGUAUUCAGGAUAGUCCUCUAGGAGUUCGCUACGCGAACCCAGUUACAGCAUUUCCGGCGGGCACGAAUGCUGGAAUGACCUGGGAUAGGACGUUGAUUAACCAGAGAGGCGCUGCAAUUGGUGCAGAAUCCAAGGGGUUAGGUGUCCACGUGCAGUUGGGCCCUGUGGCGGGUCCCUUGGGAAAGAUCGCCCAGGGAGGUCGUGGUUGGGAAGGAUUUGCAACAGAUCCAUACCUCAGUGGUGUUGCUAUGAUUGAGACUAUUACGGGUAUGCAGAGCUCGGGUACUCAAGCAUGCGCAAAGCACUAUAUUGGCAAUGAGCAAGAGUUAAACAGGGAGUCGAUGAGUGCUAACAUUGAUGAUCGUACUUUACACGAACUCUACCUUUGGCCCUUCGCCGAUGCCGUCCGUGCCAAUGUUGCCAGCGUAAUGUGCUCUUACAAUCAAAUCAAUGGAACCUUUUCCUGUGAGGAUGAAGAAUCAAUGACAAGAAUCCUGAAGACAGAGCUCGGCUUCCCUGGAUACAUAAUGACUGACUGGAACGCACAGCAUACAACAGCUAACAGCGCCAAUUCUGGACUUGAUAUGACCAUGCCCGGUAGUGAUUAUAGUAAUACGCCGAGCAGUGUUUUUUGGGGUCAAAACCUGGCCAAAGCCAUCUCAAGUGGCCAAGUUGCUCAGUCGCGACUUGAUGAUAUGGUGAUUCGAGUCUUGGCUGCUUGGUAUUUAGUUGGCCAGGACCAAGGCUUCCCUGCUGUGGCCUUUAACUCUUGGUCGGGUGGACAAGCCAGUGUCAAUGUCACAUCGAACCACAACCAAGUUGCCCAUGCAGUCGCUCGUGAUUCAAUUGUUCUUCUCAAGAAUACUAACGGCACCCUUCCUUUGAACAAACCAACAAGUAUUGCUAUCAUCGGCACGGAUGCUCAAACGAAUCCCUCUGGACCAAAUGCCUGUACUGACCAUGGUUGCGAUACUGGAACCUUGGCUAUGGGUUGGGGUAGUGGAACCUGCCAGUUUCCAUACCUAACAGAUCCUCUAACAGCUAUAAAAUCCCAAGCUGCCAGCGAUGGCACUACGAUCACGACUAGUAUCAGUGACGAUAGUAGUGCGGGGGCCUCAGCCGCCCAAAGUGCCGAGUAUGCAAUCGUUUUCAUCAAUUCUGACUCCGGUGAAGGUUACAUAACCGUGGAAGGUGUGGCUGGUGACCGCAACAAUCUUGAUCCAUGGCACAGUGGCAAUGCAUUGGUGCAAGCCGUUGCGGCAGUCAACAAGAAGACGAUUGUCGUCAUUCAUAGCGUCGGGCCAGUCAUUCUCGAAACCAUCUUGGCGCAACCAAACGUGGUGGCCGUAGUAUGGGCCGGUCUACCGGGACAAGAGAGCGGUUCGGCCCUCGCUGAUAUUCUCUAUGGACGUACUGCUCCCAGUGGAAAGCUCACCUACACGAUUGCCAAACAAGCUUCCGAUUACGGCACUGCGGUCGUUAGUGGCAAUGACAAUUAUCCAGAGGGACUUUUCGUUGACUACCGACACUUUGACAAGAGCAAUAUUCAACCUCGAUACGAGUUCGGCUAUGGAUUGUCAUAUACAACUUUUGCGUACACGAAUUUGGCAGUUACUAUCACGGUCUCUGCGGGUCCAACCACUGGUCAAACAGCUCCCGGCGGACCUUCUGACCUUUUUGGGUCUGUAGGAACAGUUACAGUGCAGGUCGCAAACACAGGCAGCGUUGCAGGUGCAGAAGUUGCCCAACUUUAUAUUGGGUUGCCAUCGUCAGCACCGUCAUCGCCGCCAAAACAACUACGUGGGUUUGAGAAGCUUUCUCUCGCGGCUGGUGCUAGCGGUACGGCAACGUUCGAUUUGACACGAAGAGAUUUGAGUUAUUGGGAUGUGUCGCAGCAGAAGUGGGUGGUUCCAAGUGGAGCGUUUACCCUAUACGUUGGAGCAUCUAGUAGAGAUAUCAGAUUACAAGGGACAUUUACGCCCGGAGGAGGCUCGACAACUUCCACCAUAAUUUCGUCUAAGACAUCAUCUACUAUCAGCACUUCGGUCACUAGCACUUCAGUCGCCACCAGCACUUCAAUCACCAGCAGCAGCACCACAAGUAAAACUACCACAACUAGCUCGACCACAUCAGCUGCCGGGCCAACGCAGACCGCUUAUGGACAAUGUGGUGGACAGGGCUGGACCGGUCCUACAACCUGUCCAUCUGGUUGGACUUGUAAGGUGUCCAAUCAAUGGUACUCUCAAUGCUUACAAUAA